AUGAUAUCAGGGUAUAAAAUUAAAGGUAGCUUAAAUUGCUUGCAAGGUUUUAUUGAUGACAAGCUGAAUAAAAUGCUGAAGGCUACAUUGGAAGAGGAUUCUAUCUUGGUGAUGUUGAAGGCUGCAUUGGAAGAGGAUUCUAUCUCUAACUUAGCUUCAGAUGACAAGCUGAAAAAAAUGCUGGGGGAACUUGAUGCUUUGGUUAACAAAGCGUAUGAACUACUUGGAAACUUGUAUCAAAUGAUGAAAAGGUCUUCAAAACCAAGUAAGGGGAAGUAUGAACUCGAUAAAAAGACUUGGCUGAUAAAGGUAUAUUAUGUUCUUUACUCAUCGGGGGUGUACCCCAAAACCUAUGGUUUCAUUCCAAAAACACUCUGUGAAGACAAUGACCCUCUGGAUGUUCUUGUUCUCAUGAAGGAGCCAAUCCUCCUAAGAUGUUUCCUUUGUACAAAAGCUAUAGGCCUCAUGCCUAUGAUUGAUCAAGGAGAAAAGGAUGAUAAAAUAAAUAUUGUUUGUGAUUAUGAUCCUGAAUAUAGACAUUAUAUAGAUAUCAAGGAGCUCCGACCUCAUCGUUUGGCUGAAAUCAAGUGCUUCUUUGAAGAUUGUAUCCUCAAAAUUUAG